AUGACAGGAUUAUCGUGGAAGAGAGGCACAACUCUUCAUGAAGGUGGAUUUGGAGCCAUCUCGUUAGCUUCUACUUCAAAUGCACUAUUUUGUGGUGUUACUCUCCCCUCUCUCAUUGCUCUCAAAUCGUGCGACUUUAAUGCUUCUCAAUCGUUGAAAGAAGAAGUCGAAAUCCUCCUAAUGUUCAAACAUUCUCCUUACAUUGUUCACUAUUUUGGAUCUAAUGUCUCUUUUGAUGAUAACGUCAAUCUUUACAACUUAUUGCUCGAGUAUGCUUCUGGAGGAAGCCUUGCUGAUCAUCGUCAGAACUGCAAUUCACUGUUGCAGUUUGAAGAUAAGAAACACAGGAAGAAUGUUCUUUUAGGGCUUAGUUGCAUUCACAACAAUGGAAUUAUUUACUGUGACAUCAAGCCUGGCAAUAUUCUCCUUGUGGGCAUGGACAAAAUUGCCAAGAUUGGUAAUUUCGGGCUAUCCGUGACAUUGGAACAGGGCAUGAACCAAAAACAAGAAGUAAUCAGGGGAAUAGAAAGGUAUAUGGCACUGAAAUCCGUUAUUAACACUGAGUAUAGCCCACGGGUUAAUAUUUGGGUUCUUGGAUGUACUGUCUAUGAGCUGAUUAUGGGACAUUGA